GUCACUCUGGUCACGAGAACGACCGCCAUAUUGGAGGUGGAAAAAUUGCAGUAGCAUCGGAAGAACAUUUUUGUAAAAAUAUCGCAAUUUUGGUGAGUUGACAGGUUUUCAGUAAUUUUCACCAUGUCAUCUAGAAAGAAGGUAUUAUUGAAAGUCAUCAUCUUGGGGGACAGUGGUGUCGGGAAGACGUCCCUGAUGAACCAAUAUGUGAACAAAAAAUUCAGCAAUCAGUACAAGGCCACAAUUGGAGCAGAUUUUCUCACAAAAGAAGUCAUGGUAGAUGACAGAUUGGUCACAAUGCAGAUUUGGGAUACAGCGGGCCAGGAACGUUUUCAGAGCCUGGGCGUGGCCUUCUACCGUGGUGCCGACUGCUGUGUACUGGUCUUUGACGUCACCAUGCCCAACACAUUCAAGACGCUGGACAGUUGGAGGGACGAGUUCCUCAUCCAGGCCAGCCCCAGGGACCCCGAACACUUUCCUUUUGUGGUGAUUGGGAACAAAAUUGACUUAGAAAAUAGAGCGGUGUCCACCAAGAGAGCCCAGGGUUGGUGCCACAGCAAAGGUGAUAUCCCGUACUUCGAGACCAGCGCAAAGGAGGCCAUCAACGUGGAGCAGGCUUUCCAAACGGUGGCGAAGAACGCACUAGCGCAGGAGACAGAGGUGGAGUUGUAUAAUGAAUUCCCCGAUCAAAUUAAGCUCACAAAUGCGGACGCUAAUAAGAAACAAGACGGAUGUGCAUGUUAAUGGAAGCUAAGGACCUAUGAGCUUGGAAUUCUGGGAAUGCAUCAUUGUUAUACUCUUUUUGUAAGAGCAACUCAUCUAGAAAACGUAAUAUAUUUCCUAGGAGGAAUUUACAGU